UCAAACCCUUUUCCUUUCUCUGUUCAUAGAGAUAUUAUAAAAAACCGAAAAAAGUUUAUAUUAUUCGAUUGUAACAAUAACGCCAUUCAGAAAAACCGAUAUUCUUUCUAAUUAUAGAUCCAUAAAUUAAAACCACCCAAAUUCAUUCAUUCACUCUUAAUAGAUAUAGAUAGAUUCAAAAAUCAAGAAAGAUGAAGAUAACAGCAUUGCUAGUAUUGAAGUGUGAUUCUUCAAGAACAUCAGAUGGAUCGGAUCCAAUCAUUCUUGCAAAUGCAACCGAUGUCAAUCAUUUCGGGUAUUUCCAACGUGUCACUGUCCGACAAUUCAUCGUUUUUGUCGGUCGGACUGUCGCCAAACGCACACCCCCUGAUCAACGCCACUCUGUCCAACACGAAGAGUAUAAGGUGCAUUCUUAUAACAGAAAUGGCUUAUGUGUGGUGGGCUUCAUGGAUGAUCACUACCCUGUUAGAAGUGCGUUUUCUGUGCUGAAUAAGGUGAUAGAUGAGUAUCAAAAGUCUUUUGGGGAUUCAUGGAGGACCAUACAAGCAGAUAGUACUCAACCAUGGCCUUAUCUUAAUGAUGCUUUAACUAAAUUUCAGGAUCCUGGGGAGGCAGAUAAGCUGUUGAAAAUUCAGAGGGAGUUAGAUGAAACCAAAAUUAUUCUUCAUAAAACCAUUGAUAGUGUCCUUGAAAGAGGGGAAAAGCUGGACAGCUUAGUUGAGAAGAGUUCAGAUCUCAGUGCAGCUUCACAGAUGUUCUACAAGCAGGCAAAGAAGACGAACCAAUGCUGUACAAUAUUAUAAGCAGUUGUUACCACCUUCAACAUGGUUUGGAUCAAGAUUUACCGUUUUUAUUUGUUAACCGUUUGAUGAUAAAACGCUCUGUUCUCAUAUAAACACAAUUCUUAGUUUUGAGCCUGCUGCUGAAAUGUAACAUAAUACUAAAGUUUACAGUAUCUAUCUGUAAUAUUCGUUGCGUUGCUAUGAAAGCGGUAACACACGUGUUAUAGUAGUAUAUAUCUUUUAUAUGUAA